GUGUAUAUAGGGAGGUACUAGCAGUAGUCAUCUGAUUUUAUAUGGUUUGACGAAAUUUUAAUCCUUAAUAAUCUUGGGAUUAUAUUGUCUUAAAUUCAUUUAAAGAACAACAAUAAUGGCUCUAAAAGCUGGUGGUGAUUCUGCUAAAGUUAAUUCAGCAGUAUAUAAAGAUAAAAGCAAACCUACAGAUAUACGUCUUAGUAAUAUAAAUGCCGCUAAAGCUGUAUCAGAUGCUAUUAGGACUAGUCUAGGUCCUCGUGGAAUGGAUAAAAUGAUUCAAGCAGCUAAUGGAGAAGUAACUAUAACUAACGAUGGUGCUACAAUCUUAAAGCAAAUGAGUGUUAUUCAUCCAGCUGCAAAAAUGUUGGUGGAAUUAUCCCGAGCUCAAGAUAUAGAGGCUGGUGAUGGUACAACCUCAGUAGUUGUCAUCGCUGGUGCAUUAUUAGAUGCUGCUGAGAAGUUAUUGCAAAAAGGCAUACAUCCAACAGUAAUUUCUGAUGGAUUCCAAAAAGCUUUGCAGCUAUCAUUGCAGGUGGUAGAGGGUAUGUCAACUCCAGUGGAUCUUUCCAAUGAGGACGCCCUUUUAAAAGCUGCUGCAACUUCUCUCAAUUCCAAAGUGGUGUCACAACAUUCUACCAUUUUGGCCCCUAUUGCAGUUCAAGCAAUUUGUGCUGUAAUGGAGCCUAACGCUAACGGAGUCGGAGCAAGGGUUGACUUACGCGACGUUAAAGUGAUUGAACGAAUUGGUGGAACUGUUGAAGACACAGAAUUGAUUCAAGGGCUUGUCAUUCCACAUCGCGCCGCCAAUGUGAAUGGUCCACAUCGCAUUGAAAAGGCUAAAGUUGGACUCAUACAGUUCUGUAUAUCACCACCAAAGACUGAUAUGGAUCACAAUGUUAUAGUAUCAGAUUAUGCUGCUAUGGAUCGUGUUUUAAAAGAGGAACGUCAGUAUAUUCUGAAUAUAGUAAAACAAAUUAAGAAAGCAGGAUGUAAUGUUCUGCUGGUGCAGAAAUCGAUUUUGAGAGAUGCCUUAAGUGAUUUAGCUGUGCAUUUCUUAGAUAAAAUCAAAACUAUGGUCAUCAAGGACAUUGAGCGUGAAGAUAUUGAAUUUGUUUGUAAAACUCUCGGAUGCCGCCCUAUAGCGUCACUAGAUCAUUUCACUGCUGAGAAUCUAGUAAAUGUUGACUUAGUAGAAGAGAUUAAUGAACCAGGAGGCAAAUAUAUCAAGAUGACCGGGUGCGCUCAGGGCGGUCGCACGGUGUGCGUGAGUGUGCGCGGCUCGUCCGGCGCGGUGGUGGCGGAGGCGGCGCGGUCGCUGCACGACGCGCUGUGCGCGGUGCGGUGUGUGGCGCGCCGGCCCGCGCUGCUGCCGGGCGGGGGCGCGCCCGAGGCCGCCGCGGCCGCCGCGUUGGCGCGCGCCGCCAUCGCCGCGCCCGGCGCGCACCACUACUGCUUGCGGGCGUACGCGGACGCGCUGGAGGUGGUGCCCUCCACGCUCGCCGAGAACGCGGGUCUCAAUCCGAUUGAGACCGUGACCGAGUUGCGCGCGGCGCACGCCCGCGGCGCGGAGAGCGGCGCGUGGUGCGGCUCGGGCGUGAACGUGCGCCGCGGCCGCGUGACCGACAUGCGGCACGAGCACGUGCUGCAGCCGCUGCACGUGACCACCUCCGCGCUAGCGCUCGCCACCGAGACGGUGCGCGCCAUACUCAAGAUAGACGACAUCGUAAACACGAUGAACUAGAUGUUGUCAGCCGAGUGAAUAAAUAAUAUCUCGUAUAUAACGUGUUAAUUUACAACUAAUUGUUUGCAUUUAAUUAUGCUUAUUGAACAAGUUAGCUUUGCGUAGAAUACACAUGACUACAAAAAUGUCACAACGCUGAGCUGUUGGCGAUCGUAAAUAUUUAUAAUUUAGUUAUGAUUCCCCCUUACUAAUUGUAUUGAUAGUAUUUUAUUAAAAAUAAAAUUAAUAAACUAUGG